AUGCCAACUCUGGCUGUACCCUGCUCCGACCCGAGUAGGCCGCCCCCCGAAUCGCGAAAGGCCGACAUGACGGCAGAGGUGAGGAGUGAAGCAGCGCUGUCUGGAGGCGGUCGUCUGUUGCACCAUCUUCAUCCCCUUCAACAUCAGCAUCAUCAUCAUUCUCAUCAUCCUCAUCAUCAUCAUCAGCCUCAUCAUCAUCGGGCCCAUGAUGACGUGUCGGAUCGUCUGGCGAGCUCUGACAUUGAAGACGACGUCACGUCCGAAGCGACCGUCCGAUUUGUGGACGCCGGGCCGAUUCCGACCGAACCGGUGCUCGAGAAGGCCUACCGACGAUCGAGUCCUGCUGGCUCGAGGGAGCCGGUCGGACAGGAGGCCGGUCUGACGGUGGCCGGCGGGACUCUGGCUCGGCCCCUUCGUGAGCCGGUCAAGCCGCCGGAGACCUCGGACUAUGACACCUCGCAGGAGAGUCUGUCCGAGCAGGCGAGGGCGGACUCU